AUGUCGGAUUUCUGCCGAGAUGUACUCGCCUUCUCACAUACUUGUGGUCUUCUGCCAGGUUUUAGCUUUGGUUUGGACGGGUGUUGCCAUUUUUCCGAGGAGGUUUUUGAUUAUUAUUAUGUCAGCAAAAUCGUCUUUGCUGUGAACCUCCUCUCGAACCUUGAGCACGGUGCCUACAGCCGCUCUUCCAUGGGCCGAUCACCAAGAAAGCGAAAUGCCUCAAGGUCUCCAGAAGGUGACAGACGUCCUAAGCGACUAUUAACCUCAUCACCAGAGGAGGGCGAGCUCGAUGACACUUCAACACCAUUCGUAGCACCCACAGCGCCUCCACCUUCUCUACCUCCAAAACCUUCCGUUGGAAAAGCGAAGAUACCGUUUCCAUUUAAGAAGAAGAACGAGCCACCGAGGAAUGGGAAUGGGUCAAGCUUGGAUAAAUCACCUUCAGCCGCGAACGACGUUCAUAAAUUGACGUGGGCUCCAGACACGAGGCCAGGUCGUUCAUCUAAGGCUGCUGACCACUGGGAGCCAAGCCGUGGGUUACCUGCUCCCAGAACUCCUCGCACCCCUGAGGCCAAUUUUAGCCCCCCUUCACGCAACUACGAUUUAGACAGACGCGAACGAUCGAGGGACAGAUCAGAAUGGGAUAGAGAUAGAGGCCACCGGGGAUAUCGUGAUGAAGACGAUCCUUGGAAAUAUAACAGGCGCAAUGAGGGCGACUCUGACCGAUAUUACAGGCCGCAGCCGCAGCACAGAGACCACCGCGACUGGACACGUAGAGAUGACGGCUACGAGACAGAUAGACGCCAUUAUGAUCGACCGUACGACCGCCCUCGCGGAAUGGACAGCUACAGGCCUCAAUCACCACAGCCAGAAGCUGUUGUUUCACAACCCCCGCCACCGCCAGCCCAAUCACCUUCUCGUCCUCCUUCACCCGCCCCUUUGCCUCCUCGUCCUCCUUCAGCGGCCGGCCCACGGCCUCCUUCUUCCUCUCCUCCUCCAGCCCCCCCACCAGAUGCUCGUCUCUCAAAAGACUCAAGACUCCCAUCUACACAUCCACAUGUGUCUAUCACAAUCAGCCGUCCCCCAGCACCACGGAAUAUUCAUUCACCUUUAUCCCUUGGGCUACCUCCUAAACCCAAGGAAUCGGUCAAGGACCAAGGGAAGAAGGCACUUGAACCACCCCAA